GGAGGAGUUGGCCUGACUCCUCUGACAAGAGACGAAGAAGGAGUGGGCGGGGUUUCAUCAAGGAGCAGCACCGCGCAUGCGCGGGUCCUCCUCACUGUGGCGCGCGCCAGGUCUCUCUUGCUGUCCGGGGAAAGGCUCAAAGGCGCGCACGUUCAGCGCUGCUAGGUUUGCACUUGCAAAGGAGGAAGGCAGAGGAUCCACUAGCCAGGGCCGGCCAGGGCGAGCCAAGCCUUCCAGCCAGCCCCCGCUAUGCGGUGCUGGUUGCGAAGGCAGGGCGGGCGAGGGGGGGCCCUGUCCGGCCCUGGCUAGAGGAAUGCAAGCUCUAGGAAUCAGGGGAUUUUCUGCAAAGGAGGGCGGCCCCUCAGAAGGAGCGGGGAUCAUCCGGAGAAAGAGGGCUUGGGAGAGAUCCCUCUCCCCCUUGGAAAGGCUGAGCCGCAUCCUUCCUGGAGAUCUCCUCCUCUCCCCGGAGAUCCAAGCCUUGAGGAGCACCGAGCAGAAGGUGCAGGAAGAAGAUGAAGCAGCAGCAGCAGCAGAGCCCUCCUCCAAGGCAGCACCGAGGCGGGCUUUCCCUUUCCAAAUAGGGGACCUGAUCCUGGCUGAGGUCCGGCGAAGGCGCGGGAUGGAGUUCAAGAAGUUGGGGAAGCUCAGCAGCCCAAGAGGAGCCCUGAACAGCAACUGGGGGGCGCUGAGGCACCAGGAGAUCCUGGGCAAGCUGCCAGGGCAGAUCUUCCGGACCUCCACCGGCCACUCGCUCCUGGUCAGGAGGCCUGCCUUGGAAGACUAUGUGAUACUCAUGAAGCGAGGACCCACGAUCUCCUAUCCAAAGGACAUUAACACAAUGCUGCUGCUAAUGGACAUCAGCCCAGGAGACACAGUGCUGGAAGCUGGUUCUGGGUCUGGCGGUAUGAGUUUAUUCCUCUCAAGAGCAGUUGGGCCUCAAGGGCAUGUUAUAAGUUACGAAGUCAGGAGGGAACAUCAUACAGUGGCAAAAAAGAACUACCAGACCUGGUGUGAUGCAUGGAGGAUAGGGCAUACUGUGGAAUGGCCAGAUAACGUGGAUUUCAUUAAUGCAAACAUUUUAACUGCAGCUGAGGAUUUGAAAACUAUAACAUUUGAUGCAAUAGCUUUGGAUAUGGUACUCCCCCAGAAUGUUUUGCCUACAGUUAUACCACAUCUUAAACAGGGGGGCAUUUGUGCAAUAUAUCUAGCAAACAUCACCCAGGUUGUUGAUCUGUUAGAAGCAAUCCGAACCAGCAAGUUAACACUUUUUUGUGAAAGGAUAAUGGAAGUGACACACAGAGAUUGGUUAGUACUUCCAACCACGUGGAAAAAUGGUGACAUUUUCCAGAAUGGAGAAUCCAAGCAAGAUUUUGACAAUGAAUCAGAUGGCCAUUGUGGAAAUGAUGAAACCUCUGAAGAAGAAAGAGAGCAUGAUGAGGCAUUUGUUUCUGACAGUGCAAAACCACCUUACAUUGCUAGACCUUACCCCUGGCAAAUUGGUCACUCAGCAUUUCUUGUCAAACUGCGGAAGUUUAACCCAGCGUAUUCAGACACUGUUCCAAACAUUACAUGCUAAUUUGAAGAGUGCAUUUCAGUAAAUAAAACUGUAAUUAUUUGCUGCCUAUUCAGUUUGGGAAAUCCCAGUUUUUUAUUUAUAUUGACUAUAUUUUUGAUACUGUACGUUUAAACAAAAUAUAUAAUUAAAAUAAUCUUAAGACAACAAAUACUUUGAAAUAUAGCUUGCAUUUCCCAGUAAUUUCCUAACUUGUUGGCUGAAGAGUUUUCUAUUCUUCAUUUCCAGUAAACCAGUCCAUGGAUUUAUCUUUAUUUGUGUAGAUAUUCUUUCCUUUGUUUGGCUUGUUACAGUCUGUGAAAAAAUAGAGAAGUUCACACACUGAAA